AUGAAAAAUUUUAUACCAUUAUUUUAAUUUUCGAAUUCAAAACUACCAUUAAAAAGAGUAUUAAAAGAGCGAAUUCCCAUAAAAUAAAAAGAAUUAAAAGAAGUAAAAGAAAAGUUCGGUGACAAAUUCGUAGCUUAAUACUAAGUAAAUUAAGUAAUACGAGGAAUGCGUGGAAUCCCCGCAUUGUUUUACGACUAAUCUACAGUAGAUUCUAAGCAAGGUGUAUUAUUCAGAGGGCACACAGUUUCUUAAGUAACUAAAUUACUCCCAAAGCGUACAGAAGAUUAAUCUAUUAAUUUAUUAAAAUAAUAACCUUUACCCGAAGGUAUUUUUUUCCUUCUAUUAACCGGAGUAAUACCAACUUUUGAAUAGGUUGAAUAAGUUAGAUAAGAAUGGGAUGCUAGAGGAGGUCUUUCAAAUGAAUUGUAGAGAUUUAUAAAUUCUUUGGAUAAGGAUUUACAUCCAUUGACUAUGCUUUCUAUGGUUAUUAUGUAUGAGUAGAGAGAAUCUAAGUUUGCUAGCUUAUAUGGAUAAUAAAAACUUAAUAAGUCUAAUUAUUGGGAAUAUGUGUAUGAAGAUUCAGUUGAUUUAAUUGCUAAAUUACCUCGUAUUGCAGCUACUAUUUACAGGAGAAAAUAUAAUAAGGAAAUCAUUCUUUAAAAUUAGGGAAUGGGAUUAGAUUGGACUGAAUAACUCACUUAUAUGAUGGGUAAUUAAAAUAAUGAGGUUCUUAAUGAAUGUCUAAGAGCUUAUUUAACUGUUCAUGCAGAUCAUGAAGGAGGAGAAGUUUCUACUCAUGGAUCUUAUGUAGUUGGAUCAGCAUUAGGAGACCCUUAUUUGUCACUUUCAACUGCUUGUAAUGGAAUUUAAGGUCCUCUACAUGGUCUUGCUAGUGAAGAGGCUUUAAAAUGGAUUCUUUAAUUUAUAAAAUUACAUGGAUAUGACUCUACGGAAACUUAAAUAUAAUAGUAUGUUGACUAACAUAUUACUGAAGGAAGAUUAAUUCCAGGAUUUGGACAUUCUGUUUUAAGAGUUGUUGAUCCAAGAUUUAAUCAUUUUUACGAGUUUUCAUAAAAACAUUUAAAAGAAGAUAAAAUGGUAAAAUUAUUACAUAAACUAACUGAUGUGAUUCCUUAGUAAUUAGGAAAAUAUAAACAAAUAAAAAAUCCUUUUCCUAAUGUAGAUGCUCAUACAGGUACUUUACUUUAUUAAUUAGGAAUCAAAGAAUAUGAAUUUUAUACAGUUCUUUUCGCAAUUUCGAGAAGUUUGGGAAUUUUAACUAAUUUGGUUUGGUGUAGAGCUUAUGGAUUGCCUAUUGAAAGACCAGAAUCUUGCGAUAUGACUUAUUUUAAAAAGCUUUUUGAAUAGAAAUAAUGA